AUGCUGCAACGUGCGCUAAAGAGUGCAAACCAAGGCAUCCAGAGAUACCACCCAAAUGCUGGGGUGUUUGCUGUCUUGGUCGAUACAAACCCAAAAAUCUCACAGCCGAAAGCAUCAUCGGGACGGAUUUCGGUGCCACCCGACGAUAGCGAUGCUCAGUUUCCUUCGUUUGUGCUUGGGCAUACGAUGGAUGUCUACUGGAAGGAUGUCGUGAAAAUGAACAAAACUUCUGCUUACAAAGAUGCCGUGUGUAUUGGUGACAAGAAUGAGGCCUGGAAGUAUCUUGUUUCGAUGGGUCGACCGCUCUGGAAGAGCACAUUUGACGCGUCAAUGAAGAAAUACAACAGCGAAGUAAAAGCGGCCGAAAGAGUCCUCCGUCUUGCAGCGCAGAGAAUGUUACUAGGAAGAGACACUCUUUCCCUGAUAUGUUACGAUGAAACGACAAUGUUUGGAGUGGCUUCAAUGCUGUGUCGACUUGGAUUGCGUCCCCAUUCGAGCUCGUCCCUGGCGCCUCGCGUCGUUGCCGACUUGAUGGCGAUUCUAGCUUACCUGAAUUAUGAAAGUGAUGGAUGUUUGAGUAGUUUUUCGUCGGAUCCGGUGCUGGCGCUGGGAGCGACGAAGGUGUGGUACAACUGUAAGCCUGCAUUGGCGAAUUGUAUUCUGCCGCAGCUCAAGAAGUUGCUUCUGAACGAGAUGCUGGAUACUUGUGGUGUUGACGAGAUUACGCCGGCGAAACGAUAG